AAAUAACAUCGAUCAUUGCGCUUGACUUCAGUGCAGUGUACUCUAACGUGGAGUUAUCUCUUUUGAGAUACGAGAUUUUAAUCAGAGAAUUUUAACAGGUUUCCUCUUCGCCGAGGAAAUAUAUUCGAAUUAACAAGAUGCCACCGAAAAAAGCACCGGCGCCGAGCAAAAAGCAGAACAGAAGAAAAAGGAAAAGUUAUCGAGUUGAUUUUUCUCUUAAGGAUAAAACGUUCGGUAUAAAAAAUAAAAAGGGCGCCAAGCAACAGAAAUUUAUCCAGCAAGUUGAAAAACAAGUAAAGUCGGGCGGUGUAAAUCCUCGUAAACUCGAAGAUCCUAAUGUCAAAAAAUUAGAGAAGGAGAAGAAGUUAAAGGAACAGAAAGAAUUAGCUCUCAUUUUUAAACCUGUUCAAACACAAAAGAUAGAUAAAGGCAUAGAUCCUAAGUCUGUUGUAUGUGCAUUUUUUAAACAAGGACAAUGUACAAAAGGAGAUAAGUGUAAAUUCUCUCAUGAUUUAAGUAUCGAACGGAAAGCUGAGAAACGAUCUUUGUAUUGUGAUAUGAGAGAUGAUGAUGAUAAGGAGGCAGAUACAAUGGAUAAAUGGGAUGAGGAUAAACUGAAAGAAGUUGUGGAAAAGAAACAUGGCGGUGGCAAUCGACCAACCACUGAUAUUAUAUGUAAACACUUCUUGGAAGCAGUUGAAAAAUCAAAGUAUGGUUGGUUUUGGGAAUGCCCAUCUGGUCAGAAGUGCAUUUAUAGACACGCUCUACCGCCUGGAUUUGUCUUAAAGAAAGAUAAAAAAAAGGAGGACAAGAAGGAUGAAAUUUCCCUGGAGGAUUUAAUAGAAACAGAAAGGGCUAAUUUGGGACCUAAUCAGACCAAGAUAACGUUGGAGACAUUCUUGGCUUGGAAAAAGAGAAAGUUGAAAGAGAAAGAAGAGCAGGCGAUCAAAGAUGAAGAGAAAAAAAGAAACGAUUACAAAGCUGGUCGUCAAGUUGGUAUAUCAGGAAGAGAAAUGUUUUACUUUAAUCCAGAUCUUGCAGAAGGAGAUGGUAUCGAUGAAGGAGACGAAGCAAUAUCUAGUUACACUCGUGAAGAAGAUGAUUCUGAAGAUGUACAAUAUAGAGAACUUGACACGGACCGUCUUGCUUUUGAAGCUAGCGAAAUUGAAACAAAGGGUAUCACUAUGGCAACUAUUGAUCGAUUGAAGGCCAACAAUACUACCGAUAGUAAUAAAAAUACUACAGUAACUGCAGAAGAGGGUGCUGUGGCCGUAGCUAUUAAUGAAAAUCUCUUUGUGGAAGAAGAUCUAGAAGGUUUGGAAGAAGAAUUAGGGGACCUGGACUUGGAGGAGUAAGCCAGAUGUCCCGAUUAUUUCUGUCUCCUCACCAUCUUCCUCUUCCCAAUGUUUUAUCCUUUAAAUACGUAUCACUUCGAUAACAUCAAAUUAAUAUCAAGCGUGAUACAUUGUAUAUUGUAUAUAUAAUUUGUAUUGCAUCUACAUAAAUAUACUGUCAGCAUAUUCAAA